AUGCUCCCCUCACUUCUAUCUGUGGUGGCUGCGACAGCCCUCGUUUCCUCAUCUGUCGUGUCCGCCGCUCCUCAGGGUUUCCGACAUGCGCGCUCAGCCGAUGGCAGUGGAGGAUAUGGACAGGCGUGCACCUUGGAGACAAUCAAGACGCGGGUGGACUUCAACAGCAUGGCGCCGGCCGAUCGCAAAGCCUACACGGACGCCAUCAAGUGCCUGAUGGGCAAACCCUCGCAGCUCGACUCGACGCAAUAUCCUGCCGCCAUCAACCGGUACAUGGAUUACGCCGUGAUCCACGUGAACCGCACGCAGUAUGUCCACCUGGACGCCUUCUUCCUGACCUGGCAUCGGUACUUUCUCUGGCUCUACGAGACCGACCUACAACAAAGCUGUGGCUACACAGGGGCCUUCCCAUACUGGGACUUCGCCGCGACCGCGGCCGAUCCUCACGCGUUCCCCAUCUUCGACGGCUCCGACUAUUCUAUGUCCGGUGACGGGCUGUAUAACAACUCGGGACCCAUCCAGCUCGGCGCGAGCCUGACCAUCCCGCACGGCACGGGCGGUGGGUGUGUCACGACGGGUCCAUUCGCCAACCUGAUCGCGCCCAUCAAGUUCAUCGAUGCCGCCCAGCUCGCGACGGGCACCCUGCCCGCCGACGCCUUCGCGUACAACGAAAUCUGCCUGCAGCGCGACCUCAACGCAUACGUGUCGCAGACGUACACCAACCAAGCGCAGCUCACGGCUGCCGCGCACGCCGACAACGCAACCCACUUGGAGUUCCUGCUCAACGGCGUCAUCGGCAGCUCUAGCCUGGGUAUCCACUCGGGCGCCCACUUCUCGGUCGGCGGCCAGAUGAACAGCAUCCACGUGUCGGCCCAAGAUCCCGUCUGGUACCCGCUGCACACCAUGAUCGACAAGGUCUACACCAGCUGGCAAGCCAACUACCCUGAACGCGCCUCACAGCUUGACGGCAGCACGGGGACCGCCCUCAACACUCCUCCCAGCGACGUCGUCACUCUUGACACUAUCGAACCCGACUGGGGCUACUUCCAGCUCAGUCCCAUCCAGGUCCGAGAGCUGAUCAGCACCACCGCAGGCCCCUUCUGCUAUCAAUACGAUAAUGUCAUCUCAUAA